AUACAGAUGCAUAUGAUCACGUCGAGAUGUGAUGAGAAACUGUAUUUAGGAGCCAGUAGAGUGUACGGCACAGCCGAAAUUGGUCCAGGAUGGCCACGACGAUGGCGUAUAAGCCCAAAGGUAUCUUCGAAUAUAUUCUGAUUAAGUACCGAUGGAUCUUCGUAUGCUUCUUCUUGCUACCGGUCUCUUUCGUCUACGAUGGACUGAUGCAUCUUAGGAAUUGGAUCGUUUUCAGGUUGAACAGCGCCCCUGACCAGCAUACCACAAAAGUUGAACGUGUCCAGAAACAGGUCCUGGAUUGGAUAGAGUCGGGGAGGACGAGGAGAAUGUGCACGGCCAGACCUGGUUGGCAGACCGUCUCGUUUAGAAGGCCGGCGUACAAAGGAAGCCUGCACCAAAUCGACGUGAAUCUAGUCGACAUCCUGGAGAUCGAUUACGAGCGAAAGGUACUGAGAGUGGAGCCGAUGGUGACAAUGGGCCAAUUGACGUCUACGCUGAACCCUUUAGGGUGGACCAUUCCGGUCCUGCCCGAGAUUGACGAUUUGACAAUAGGGGGUUUGGUAAUGGGAACCGGAAUCGAGUCAACUUCACAUAAGCACGGACUGUUCCAGCACAUUUGCGUGUCGUACGAGCUUGUCCUUUGCGACGGAAGCGUCGUGAAGUGCACGAAGGAUGAGAACCAUGAACUGUUCGAGUCGGUGCCUUGGUCGUACGGCACCCUGGGUUUUCUGACUGCAGUCGAGAUUAUGAUGGUACCGGCGAAGAAGUAUGUCCGGCUGAAGUACGAGGCCGUCAAUGGGUGCGCCACAAUGGUCGAGGAAUUCGAGAAGGCAAGCGCGGAUCCUGGCAACGAAUUCGUGGAGGGUAUUAUGUUUAGCGAGAAUCAGGGAGUCAUAAUGACCGGAAACCUUACCGAUACACCUGAGCACAAUAAGGUAAACUCAAUUGGCAACUGGUACAAGCCCUGGUUCUUUGUGCACGUCAGAAACAUGCUCGGACGUGAAUCCGCCAUUGAAUACAUUCCUUUGAGGGAUUACUACCAUAGGCACACGAGAUCGAUCUUUUGGGAAUUACAAGUAUGCAAUGUAUCUGAUUUCAUUCAUAGUUCUCUCUUUUUCUAUUCCUAACCAUCUAACUUAUACAUAGAGGGAAUAACGUACACCUAAAUCUUACAAACACACAAACUGGAUUUGCUAACUACUCAAACAAUUUAUACGCCUCACAUACUUUUACCUAUAGAAACAUAAUGGUCUCAAUUUUUAUUCAAAUCUUAGGUAUAUUUGC